CAACAAGAAUCCAUCUCGAAAGUUGAUUCCAGUUCUCUCCAAUCGGUUUUAUCGGAACGUUGUUCAAACCUUUCCCUCGGGAUGAGACAUGGAGCGAGUAAAGUCUCCCUAGGGAUGAGACAUGGAGCGAGUAGAGUCUCCCUAGGGAUGAGACAUGGAGCGAUUAGAGUCUCCCUAGGGAUGAGACAUGGAGCGAGUAGAGUCUCCCUAGGGAUGAAUCAUGGAGCGAGUAGAGUCUCCCUAGGGAUGAAUCAUGGAGCGAGUAGAGCCACUACCUAUAUGAUGUCUUUUGCAAGUACAAGACUUGCUUAGUUGAUCAUCUAUCAAAUCCCUCCUCAAUCAAGAUGGGUGAUAUCACCGAUGGGGUAACUCACCCAUCUUGAGGGACUUGUAAUGAUCAAGGACGCUUUCGCGUGAUUUCUCAACGUACCCUUGUACGGAUUCAACGUACGUGGGUCGCUUGCUUUCUUUCUCCCCAAAAACGAGAAGAAUCAUCAUAUUGUGAAUGUCUAUUCUAAUCGUCUCCGAUGUCUGAUGGUGUGAUUUCUUGCAGAAUAAUCAAUGGGUACUCUCCGUGGGGAUGAUUCUCAGGGUCGUGUUGUGGGAUGGGUUCCCUGCCGCUCUCUUCCCGGAGCUUUUUUUUUUUUUUUUUUUCAAUCGUUAUUUUAUCAGGACCGUGUUAUCGUCGUCAGAAGUGCUGAAAUAUCAAGGAUGAGAUGUUUGGUUAUAAUGAGGUUAUCAAGGAUGAGAUGUUGUUUAUAAUG